GCUCCUCCGUCCACAAGCGAAGCUCUGUCCAUUGAAGAACUGAAAGAGCAGGGAAAUCUGGCCUUCAAGCGCGCUGCACUUUUGAAGCGAACGACCGCUUCAACCCAGUAUCUCAGCGAAGCCAAGUCCUACUACAUCCAGGCUAUCCAGAGAGUCGGGAAUGCAAAAGCGAAUGCCAGCAAUCUCGCGCUGGGCUUGAUUCGGAGUGCAAGGUGUGAAGUCAUUGCCGUUGCGGAGCCCCAUCAGCCAUUCGUCAUGCAGGAGGUUACUUCCAAUCAGCCUGUGAUGCAGGUUCUCCAUCCGUAUGUGACGAUGCUGGUGCCCGUCAUCGUGAACGCAUCCGGGCCUGUCAUGCCAGGGCAAGCACAGGCAGUUCCUGUGGCCGCCCCCAGUCAGGACUACACUGGUUCCUGGGCAUACGCUCCAAACUCUCCCGAGAUGGGGCCAAUGGAGAAUGGCAACUUUGGCUAUGACCCCUACACCGACAUGGCUGGAGGAUACGAAUUUGGUUCGCUCAUGGAGGAUGAGGAAGCACGUGGACACGCGCGGCGACGCCGGCGCAUGCGCACCGCACAGCCAAAGGCACCAGGGAUGAUUCAGAGCUCGGCUCGUGGCUGCGGAGAGGAAAGCUCCUUGCUUUCCAAAGAGCGCUGCGACGAUCUGCGUCAGCAGCUGCAGGCCGGACAUGAGGGCCUGGCACUGGCCAUGUCUGAGAUCUCUGAUAAGGUAUGGCCGCUGUCUCGUGAUGCAAAUGGAUGCCGCGUGGUGCAACUGGCCAUGGAGAAGGCCAGCAAUGGUGUUGCCAAGGACUUGGCCGCUGAGCUACAUGGGCAUGUGAGAGAGGCUGCUGUUUCUCCUCAUGCCAACUACGUGGUCCAGAAGGUCAUCACCCAGCUGAGUCCAGCAACCUCGGCAUUCAUCGGGGAAGAGCUCUUGGGCAACGCCGCUCGAUUCGCCAGGCAUCGCUUCGGUUGCCGAAUUAUUUGUCGCCUCUUGGAGCACUGCUCCUCUCAGGAGGGGACUCUCCGACUGAUCGACGAGGUGCUGGAGGAUCCCGCGGAGGCUUUGGACCUUUGCCGUCACAACUUCGGACAUCAUGUCAAUGUGGUUCAGUCCAUACUGGAGCACGGAGAUGUCAGGUACAAAGAGCUGAUCGCGGAGGUCCUUCGUCACGACCUGCUUGCAAACGCUUCUCAUCGCAGUGCCAGCUAUGUCGUGGAGUCCGCUCUGUCGCACUGCUCGGAGAAGGACCAACAAGCUUUGCUGCAGCAGCUGUCUCAUCCAAACAUGGUCGCCGAGCUGGCACAAGCCCGCUACGGCUUCUACGUGGCGAAGACUCUGCUGCAGCGCCCUGAAGUGGAUGCCGAGGCCCAGUGGCAUGCCAGAGCAGCGAAGGCUCUAGACAUCUCUAGACUCAAGAUGCGUCCCAGAUGCUGGCCCGCAACAUUCCGGCAGUGGCUGCCCUGCUCUCAAGCAGUGAACCAACGAUGGAGCUUCGCUGAGCAUGCUGAGCUUGGCGCAGCCUUGGUUGAAGCAGCAGCUAUCCCGCGAGUUAAGAGCUAUUGUGACGCAUUUUUCGCGCACAAGUGUGCCCUGCACUCCAAUCUGGCUGCUGUGUAUUUGCAGGAGGUGCCACCUCAAUGGACUCAUGCGAAAGCAGCAGCUGACAUCGCGCUUGCAUUCAACCCAGAGCAUGUCAAAGCGAGAUUUCGUCGUGCUCAAGCAUUCUUGGAGGACAAUCGCGAGGGCUUGCCAGAAGAUGCGAUAAGGAAGGCCUUGGCCGACCUCCUGCAAGCCCAGCAACAGGAGCCUGCCAAUGCUCAGAUCGCAAAUGAAGUCAAGCGAGUGACUCGUCGGCUAGAAGUGCUUGAGUCCAAGAGGGAGAUUCCUCCUCCUAGACAGAUACUGGAGCAACUUGUUCCAGCAAGUCUUCUUGAUCGCGGAAGUGAUUGCGUGGAUGAUCAUGGCUAUGCCUGGGGUCAAAGCGACUCCAUCCUCCAUGUCUUCAUGCCGGCUCAAGGAAGAAGAUUGUCGAAGGCGAGCAUUACUUGCGAGAUUACUUCCCGAAAAUUGCACAUCCAACUCCAGUCUGCAGAGGGCCAAAGCAUGCUUCAUGCAGACGGAUGCCUGCACAAAUCGGUGAAGCCAGAUGAAAGCAGCUGGCAGCUGGAAGAAGGUGGAUUGCUUCUGCAUGUGGAGCUUGCCAAACAGGACGUUUCAGAAGAGUCCGAACACUGGACUAGGCUGUGGCAUGACUCCCCAGCAACGAAUGCGCUAAGCGCCAAGGAGCAGAGAGAGCUACAGCAAAUGGCGAGCGCAGCUUGUCGCGAAGACGCACGCGAGGAAAAGCCGGCUGUGAACGAGGAAGCACUGCGGAGAUGGAAAGCAGCUAUGCCUGGUGUGGAGGUACAGUGGGCAGAUACAUCGCUAGAUUCCUUUCGAAAUUUGCAUGCGGCG